AUGAUAACGAGGACCGGUGAGGAAAGCGAACUUUUUCACGACGGUUACUCAAAGCAGCUCCAAAGAGAAGGGUUUUCAGCGACUGCCCCGCAGGAUCUAGCAAAGAGACUAGAUCAAGCCGAUGAUAAAGAUCUGCCUUCCUGUCCGAAUAAUGCUUUCUAUGGAGACUUUUCCCUGUCACGCAUUGUAGACGAGUUCAAACUACUUUUGCCCUAUGAAGGACCGGUUCAGGAUAUUGUUGCGUCAAUCCAAACUACAUCAGUCUUCGAAGCUGAAUUCGACGAUGAAGAAAGUAUAAUGCCAACAGAUUGGGGGAACCUGGAGCAGUUACUUAGCGGAAUCGAUCCACGCAUGUUUACGGAUACGGAUGCAAUCAGUGAACUAACGCCGUAUCUUCGUCGCCUUUAUCUAAAAUACCUAUCUAUACGGUGGCUCCUCGAUUCGGGAAAGGUUGUGCGGGCUUGGGCCAACUUUUCCAACGUUGUUCGAGAUGCUCAACUAAUGGGCUUGGACCGAGACGAAAGCAUCGAGAACUCAGCUCCGAAUAAAGAUAACACAGAAUCUCGUCGACGCAUCUGGUGGCUUCUUGUGAACCUCGAUGCUCAGCUCAGUUUCCUCCUUGGUCGACAACCUCUUAUAUCCCCUACUCAAAUCGUCCCGAAGCCGGCCGUCGAUAUAUCGCGACGCGAGGUGAAAGACUUGCACUACAACAUUAUGGAUUUCUCCCAAUAUUUGCUAGAAGUCCUAGGCGAGGUGACUUCUAAUCAGUCUAAAAUCGAACCAGACGGGCUAAGGUCUCCGCUAGAGACAUACCUAGGUCAGGUCAAUUCGAACCAGCCUACGGAAGAGGGCUCCUCGAGAGCGAAAAGGUCUACACUAGAGACAUACCUGUCACGGCUUCAGCGCUUACAGUCGAAACUCCCUCAUCUUCCACGAGACGGAAUGACAGAAGUAUCACUAUGUAUAGCCGAACACCAACUUGAGGUCCAGCUAUUCUCAAUGUUCCUUAAUUGCCAAUUAUUUCGAUGUACACUACCGAAACCAGCUCGACCAAUUAUCGAGAGGCAUACUUCUGCCCCAAAUUUGGAAGCUCCUGGUAAUUUACCCAGGCAGUCCUUCAAAACUUAUCUCAGCGAGGCGUUUCAGUCAAGUCGAAGAAUUAUAGACAUUUUCGACUAUAUUUAUUCCCUCGACCCUUUCAAAUCUACCUCUUCCUGGCUACGCUGCUUUGGCGUAUUCUGCGCCGCCGUGAUCUUAGGCAUUGGUCGACUGGGUCGAGAGGUCGAAUUGGAAGCAGACUCCACGCGCAUUGAGAGAAUGCUCAAAAUUUUCCAAGAGCUUUCUAAGAGAUCACCAGAGUCCCGAAUGUCCCAAAUGGUGGCCAAAACACUCGAUGACAUUCUCAAGGGGUUCAAGGUUCUUGAUGAUGUUCUGCGAUCUACAACAGAUUUUAGUGUAAUUUCAGCCAUUGGUGAGGCUUCUCCAAAAGCUGUUACCGGGUGGCAAUCAACAACAACUCGGUCAAAACCUAAGGACAAGGUUAGAACCGCCGAUUCGGGUUCUCGAUCGCUCCUUGAGUAUUCGAGCACGUCGACAUAUGAGGAAGACAUCCGAGCGGAGAAGCGACGGUAUAGUAAAAUCCAAUCGGGUCACGACAACCCUUGGCAAGAAAAUGCCUCGACGUGGCAGAUUGCUCAAGACCAAUGCAGCUUUGAGCAGCAGCGACAACAACAACAGGCCCCCCUUCCUAGUGCGUCAAUGUCGUUCAAUGCAAGUGAGCAACUAGAAUAUAGCAAUGUUGGCUUCCUCUCGACUUUUCCAGCUAAUCCUACGGAGUUUUUCUCGGUCCCCUGGUGGGUAUAUCCUCCGAUGUCUCACCCUUCUAUGUACCAUAUUGGAUGGCAAGGUCAAGACUUGUCUUUUGCCAUGAUGAGCGCCGACGCCGCACAAGACAAGUUCUGUCUGGAGACUUCAACAGGACCGGUAAGGGAACCACAUCAACUCGAUGCCGACAACCAUGACAGUCAAAAUAUUGGUCUGGGCAACGUUGUCCCUUCUCUCCAUCUUGGGGUGAGCCCAUACCUCUGA